GCGAACUGCGCAUGCGCAUGACCGAGCUCUCGGAAGCAAAGUCGGCCUGAUCCAAAGGGUCCACAUCAAGAAUCGAAAAUAAGCGGUAGUUACUACUUUGAAAACGACAUUAGGAGCCAUGUCAGGAUUGCUGGACGGGAUUCGGUGCGGAGAAUGCGACUGCAAUGUGGAUUGGAGUGAAAAAAGAAACACCGUCGCAUCGAUAGCUGCUGGGGUUCUGUUCUUCACUGGUUGGUGGAUCAUCAUCGAUGCAGCAGUGAAGUAUCCUACUCAAGAGGAAUUUCCCCAUUCUUAUCACACAUGUGGAGUCAUCGCGACGGUGGCUUUUCUGAUGAUAAAUGCUGUGUCAAAUGGCCAAGUGAGAGGUGACAGCUACAGUGAAGGCUGCAUGGGGCAGACAGGCUCUCGCGUGUGGCUCUUCAUUGGCUUCAUGCUGUCUUUUGGAUCCCUCAUUGCCUCCAUGUGGAUCCUCUUUGGAGGUUUUGUAGUGCCUAAGAAUCCUAUCGUGUACCCUGGAAUUGCCAUUUUCUUCCAGAAUGCAUUCAUUUUCUUCGCGGCCCUGGUGUUCAAGUUUGGACGUACAGAGGAUCUGUGGCAAUAACUGACUCCCAAGUGUGUCUGUCCGUCAUUGUUAGACUGCUUUCUUUGUUGUUUCGGACAAUAUGCUUCAGGCUUCAGUGGUUCUUCAUCACUUUUUAUGUAGCCUUUGUAGCGUGCAGGAUUGACUUGUUUUAAUUUAUAUUUUUGUUGCUGUUUUAAAAGGCUAACUCCUAACCAAGCACAAAUCGUAGAAUCAUUCACAGAUUGACCGUUUUGGAAUGUGGCACAUUUUGACAAUGUGUAUCUGCCCCCCGGGCAGCUGUGCUGUUGAAGAGAAGUAUAAAACUUUUGUGUAUGACAUUUAUUUUGGGAAGUCUACGUCCAAGCCUCCUGUGGGUAUGCUUAUGUUCUCCCUUCAUUUUAUGUACUGUAACCUGUUAGCAGAGUGAAAAGAACACAUUUUGUGAUGAUGUAUAAAAAGACUUAACUGAGGCAAUUACCAUGAAAAUGCAUUCUGAGAGAACUCACCAUUUGAGAUUGUCUCUCUCUGAAAUAACAUUGAGUUCUGAAUCUCGUCAUGCAGAUUUAUUGUAAAGUAAUUAUGGUUUUGCAUAGCUUAAUUGAGGUCAACAUUUUUUCACAACUGUCCGGUAGAUUUACUUUCUAUGUGCAUCCAUUUCUUACUUUUGUGAAAUGGGGCCAGUUUUUGGCUUCCAUGGCAUAAUUAAACAAUCAUUCUGAGCAGGA